GCAGCACCAUGGAGAGCGGCGCCGAGGGGCACCUGGACGCCGCCGCCUUCCUCGGGGCCUGGCGGCUCUUCGACGCCGACGACAAUGGUUACAUAGAAGGCAAGGAACUUGACAACUUUUUUCAUCACCUCCUGGAGAAACUGGGACCAGAAAACACCAUCACAGAAGAAAAAGUUCAGAGGAUGAAGGAGCAAUUCAUGUCUGUCUACGAUGUCACCACAGAUGGACGCUUGCAAAUCCAGGAGCUUGCCAGUAUGAUCUUGCCGGAUGAUGAGAACUUUCUACUGCUUUUCCGACGGGAAACUCCCUUGGACAACAGUGUGGAAUUCAUGCGGAUCUGGCGCAGUUACGAUGCUGACAGCAGUGGAUUUAUUUCAGCUGGUGAGCUCAAAGAUUUCCUGCGAGAUCUCUUUUUGCAGCAUAAUAAGGUGGUAACUGAAAUAAAGCUGGAAGAAUAUACUGAUACCAUGAUGAAAAUAUUUGACAAAAAUAAAGAUGGACGGCUGGACCUGAAUGACCUGGCAAGGAUUCUGGCCCUCCAGGAAAAUUUCCUUCUACAAUUUAAAAUGGAUGCUUGCAGCACAGAAGAAAGGAGGAGAGAUUUUGAGAAGAUCUUUGCACACUAUGAUGUUAGUAAAACAGGAGCACUUGAAGGCCCUGAAGUGGAUGGGUUUGUCAAAGACAUGAUGGAACUGGUCAAGCCCAGCAUUAGCGGGGUGGACCUGGACAAGUUCCGCCAGAUCCUGCUCAACCACUGCGAUGUGAACAAGGAUGGGAAAAUUCAGAAAUCUGAACUAGCUUUGUGUCUUGGGCUGAAAAUCAACCCAUAGCUGGGAAAGUGCUCGUGGUUGUGUUUCCCUUGUAAGAUUUGGCUGCUGCUCCUUGUAGAAGUGUGUCUGUGCUGCUGUGUGAGCAGUAGGGAGCCAUGGCACCGUGCUGCUGGGCUGAAGAGUAGGAUUUACAUGGGGGCUUCCUCACUCCACCAACUCCUUUGUGGUUUUCACUCAAUGCUGCCACUUGUGGGUCCCCUUAGCAAUGUCUCUGCCCACCAUCAGACCAGUUGCUCAGAAAGCUGUUCUUCUUCUGCCCUUAUAAAACACUGCCCUGCCCAUUCCCAGCAUCUCCUCCAAAAUGUCCCAUCAUUGCUCCCAGUGUGCAGUUAAGUGAUGCUUCUGUUGGUUGCCUUAUAUGUGUGAAACUAUUAGUUGAGUGAGUCUUGUGCUUUGUGCAUUUAAAAUA